AUGACUACCUCUGUUCAGAAACGAAUACUCCAACAUUCUCUUGGGGAAAAUGAUACCACCACCACCAGCAAUUCAGCAGGGAAUUAUUCAAGGUCGUCCUUACACCCAGUGGGAGUGAAACUGGGUUAUGAUGAGUUCUUCUCUGUGUUUGCUGCAAGCUUUGAGUUUCAUCUUGCUUCAAUUGUCCAAUCAAUUUCAAAUGAGUUGAACAUGACCAACACAGCAACCUUGGACAGUCAUUGGGACAAGAUUCGGGUGACACAGGCCAUAUCAAAGUUGUUGAUGCUCACAUGGGAGUCCACAGAAAUGAAUGGAACAAUGGAAGAACUGCUGACUGUUGCAUCCCUUGUUGACGAACAAGACAUUCAAGAAUAUGAGGAAUUGGGCCCAAUUGAUCAAGAAGAAAUAUUGAGGUGUUUGGAUGGCGAUUCAUUGUCAUCGGCCCAGUGUUCACUGAUCUUGGAAGGUGUGAUCGCCGGUCUCAUAGAUUCAUCACCAGAUAGUGAGGCACCAAUAAGGAUUCCUGCAUUUGAAGGAGGGACACAAGAACUGGAUUCUUUGAGAGAUGGAGAAGCAGAACCUACAAGCCAAACCCAACCAGCUUCCCUGAACCCCUCACCACAGCCAACAUCAACUUCUGCGUCCACCUUUGAGCCAACAGUGCAGCCCACACUAGAACCAACCUUCACUGGACCAACCCUCCAACCUGUGUCAUCAUUAGCAACCUCAACUGCCAGUGUGACAUUGGAUAUAGCACCCCAGCAAUCAGAUCAAACACCUGUCCCCACAUUUGCGCCUUCACCUGUACCAACAGCCGAACCUACGACUGCCCCCAAGAUGAGUCACUUUUCUUCCUACAACUGA